CUCGCUACCUUCAACCAGCCGCAUCACCGAAACGGGUAGGCGCGUGGGUUCGGAUGUACCGAGUUUUCGGUUUUUGUUCCUGGGUCAAGCACGGGUUCCUCGAGGCGUGCCUCGAUUUAAAGCGAGCAGACUUCCGAAACAGCGCACCAGGCAUCAUUGAGAUGCGAAUGCUGCAAGGGUCAGCGGAACGGGAGUCGGAGAUCAUACAGGGAAUGGUAUGGUUUGCAACGAUGUGGAAUGCUGCGACACAUACAUCAUGCUGUGGUUCGGGGAGGCCUCGAUGUGCUGUCGCAAGCGAUUCGGCUCUCAGCAACGGCGGCUCACGCAAGGCGAUAGCACUCGAUGAUAGACCAAGUAUGCUGCCUGCAUAUUGGCUGUCUUAGCUGCGAAGCCGUCUUCAGGCCUACCGGCAGAGCUUAUGCAGGAACUCUUCGAAGGGCAUCCACUGGGAAAUGCGAUCAGCCAACUAUCAACGUGAUCUGAGGCGGACGAGAAGCCGCAACAAGCAACAGCAAAAGCUACUCGGGAAACCGCAACCCGCUUGAAGAGGUUUACACCGAUGUGGCAUGAUCGCUGUAUAGAUCUGAGAGCAAGGAGGCACCAUUGCAGAUUGAAGGAUUUGAGCGAGACCCAUUCGGCAUCUCUGCG